UCCCAAAAAUGACAUCCAGAUUGCGGUGGAGCAGGGACUGAGUGGGACAAAAACCCCGAAGAAAAACAUUUACAGUUUUCGGUGCAGAAACUAAGACGAUCCGAUUUUUAAUGACGACAGCUCUGUUAUAGGCUCUCUACCACUCUGCUUGGUGCAUCGUCCGUUUAAUGGAAUAGAAAUGUAGUUGAGAUUCUAAACAUAUAGGGGGCAUUCUUAAAAGCCGUUUUUGCAUUCAAACCAAUCCCCACGGAUAGGAGCCUGGUCUGUGCGUGUGUUUCGGGGGUUGGAAGACAACAACGUCGAAGCCCACAGUUUGAACCACUUCACCUUAUAUUCAGUGUUCGAGGAGCCGCUGCAGACGAGUCAUCCAAAUGUGCGAUCUGAUGCCAGCUUCUAAGCCUGCAGAAAAAAUCGGCAAAAUGAAAAAGUUGAGAAGAACUUUAUCCGAGAGUUUCAGAAGCAUUGCGUUCAAGAAAGAGGACAGCGGCUUUGACGAAAUAUGUGUCACGAAGAUGUCCACACGCAGCCUCCAGGGAAAGGACGUCAAACCCCUGGACACCAUCCCUGAGGACAAGAAGGUGAAGGUCCAACGCACGCAGAGCGGCUUCGACCCCUUUGAGAAGCCGGCGGGCCAGGUGAAGAGGGUCCACUCGGAGAACAAUGCCUGCAUCAGCUCCAAGAGCGCCGCCAGCGGCAAAGAGUCGCCCAAACUGCGCCGCCACUCCAGCCCCAGUUCUCCUACAAGCCCCAAGUUUGGAAAAGCUGAUUCCUAUGAGAAGCUGGAGAAGCUGGGAGAGGGAUCAUACGCCACGGUUUACAAAGGAAAGAGCAAGGUGAACGGGAAGCUGGUGGCCCUGAAGGUGAUCCGCCUGCAAGAGGAGGAGGGCACCCCCUUCACGGCCAUACGAGAAGCAUCUCUCCUCAAAGGCCUGAAGCACUCCAAUAUUGUUCUGCUCCAUGACAUCAUUCACACCAAGGAAACCCUGACUCUCGUCUUUGAGUAUGUGCACACAGACCUGUGUCAGUACAUGGACCGGCAUCCCGGGGGCCUCCACCCGGACAACGUCAAGCUCUUCCUGUACCAGCUCCUGCGAGGGCUGUCCUACAUCCACCAGAGGUACAUCCUGCACCGAGACCUCAAGCCCCAGAACCUGCUAAUCAGUGACACCGGGGAGCUGAAGCUGGCUGACUUUGGUCUGGCCAGGGCCAAGUCCGUCCCAAGCCACACGUACUCCAACGAGGUGGUGACCCUGUGGUACCGACCCCCAGAUGUCCUCCUGGGCUCCACCGACUACUCCACCUGCCUCGACAUGUGGGGUGUAGGCUGUAUCUUCAUCGAGAUGAUCCAGGGAGUGGCAGCCUUUCCUGGGAUGAAGGACAUCCAGGACCAGCUGGAGAGAAUAUUCCUGGUCCUGGGAACCCCCUCAGAGGACAUCUGGCCAGGGGUCCACUCCCUGCCUCACUUCAAACCAGACCGCUUUACAGUUUACAGCGCUAAGAAGCUCAGACAAGCAUGGAAUAAGCUGGGCUACGUGGACCAUGCAGAGGAGCUAGCGUCCAGGUUCCUCCAGUGCUUCCCAAAGAACCGCAUCUCAGCGCAGGCAGCUCUGAACCACGAGUACUUCAGCCACCUACCGCCACGGAUCUGGGAGCUGCAGGACAUGUCUACCAUCUUCACGGUGGCGGGGGUGAAGCUACAGACUGAGUCCGGGGACAGCAUACAGGUCUGCGCCAGGAGGAACAGCCAGGGCAAGGACUCCACCUCGGGCAGUAAGCACUGACCAGAGACCAGCUUCCCGGUGUACCGCUCGCCAGGUGGACGUCCCGGCCAACGAGGGCACAGAUUUUCCGAUGAAGGAUGCAGCUGAAUAAGGACACUUCACUUCACUCUCUUUAAGUUAUUGUCCUCACAAAAGUGUGUGUGUGCGUGUGCGUGUGCGUAUGCGUGUGGGUGUGUAUGCGUAUGCGUGAGAGCUCGGGAGUGUACAUAUGUGAGUGCAUGUGAGAGUAUUUUGAUGGUAGCUAAGAUUUCAGGCUAUCAUUUGCAAUUUUUUUGUUUACUUUUUAUAAGGUGAUGAUCA